AUGACAGUUACUCGCGGCCUUCAAACUCCUGCCACUCCUAAGCCUGCACCUGCUGUGCCAAACUUCACAAAGAACACCAACAAGCGGUGGCCCCCCAUGGCAAACCGAAACGCUCUUCCAUACAAGCUCACCGUUAUCUCCAAAGAGAAGCUCACUCGGGAGGCCACCGCGCCCGAUCCGGACCUCCGCCGCUGCGUAGCGCACUUCCGGUUACAUUGUGGAUCUGUUCUCUGGACUGAGAAUGAUAUGAAAUCUCGUAUCAGCUCCUUCGACUUCGAGGAGACCGACGAAGAAGAUGAGAACGAUCUUCCUGAACUCAAGGCACAAUCCGAGACAGUGGCCUUUGUUCGAGUGCCAGCGACCGAGACGCCCAUUGAUACGGAAGCCGAGACAUCUCAAUCAUCUCAAUUAUUGCCUGAUAAGGCUCUCUUUCCGGAUCAGAGCCACUGCAUUGAAGUGACCUCCAAAAACAACCUCUGCUGCAUCUCCGUCUCUCCUAUUGCCGGUUAA